AUGUCUAACAUGAUUAUUUAUUCUUGGGUGUGCUUGCAAAGGAAACUACCUCGCGCAACUAAAGUCAAAGGAGAUAAGGCCCACACGUUUCCCACCUCCACUAAGAAAUCCUCUUCUGAAUUUUCGGCUAGUCCAAGCCCCGAUCUCGGAAGAACCCCCUGCCACCCCGUCUUAUUUCUUGUCAGUAGUGCACGUUCCAGUUCCCGUUCGGCAAGUGUGCACAACUUAUAUGAGAGAGAAAAGAGAGAUUCAUGCAUGGAGAAUGAUUUCGUUGAAGGAGCUCUUUCAUCUACGGUUGAUAUUCCAAAAUUUUUAAAAUCCUUCCCGAAGCUGUUUAGCUCUGAUUCAGCUGCCAAUCUUGAUUCUUUACCUAAUGGUGCUAAAGUUGUAGCCACUGAAAGUCUUGCUAGAAAAACAUCUUCUUCUCAUUACACGUUAGCGGACAUGUUAAAAAGAUCAGACGUUACUUCACGACGGAUGGAUGUUCGUGUUGUGUACGAGUAUCGCACAAUUAUUCGGUCAAUAAAAGUCAGAAUUUCUAUAUUGACAUACCUCAAUUCCUAA